CUUCACUUUCUCACUCAAACUCCUUUUAUCAGUUUCCUCUAUUGCCUUAUACCCAAAGUUUAAUUUACUCUCUUCAACUUUUUCUCUCUACAAGAAAAUUCUGAACUUCUCAAUUACUAAAGAGAUGGCUCUUGAAGCUUUGAAGUCACCCACAACAACACCAACUCUACCACCACGUUAUCAAGAACUUGAAGAUACGCAUACUUUAGAUUCUUGGACCAAAGGAAAACGAUCAAAACGACCACGUAUUGAAACCCCACCAACUGAAGAAGAAUAUUUAGCCCUUUGUCUCAUCAUGCUCGCUCGCAGUGGCGCCGAACCCAGUUCAACUGAUGUUAAAGAACCGGAGAAAAAAACCGCCGAGUUGCCACUGGUUGAAUAUCAAGAACCAAAAACAGAGCAAUCAUACAAGUGUUCCGUGUGUGACAAGUCUUUUUCUUCUUAUCAAGCACUUGGUGGACACAAAGCAAGUCACCGUAAAACCACUACUACAGGCACCGCCUCUGAUGAUAAUAAUCCUUCAACGUCAACUUCAACAAGUGGUGUUAACAACGUUGGUAUAUCUGCUUUGAACCCAAGUGGUCGUUCACACGUGUGCUCUAUUUGUCAAAAGGCUUUUCCAACUGGUCAAGCUUUGGGUGGUCACAAACGCCGCCACUAUGAAGGCAAACUCGGUGGUAACAACCGUGACGGCGUUCAUAGUGGUAGCGUUGUGACUACUUCUGAUGGCGGCGCGUCGACUCAAACUCACACGGCGCGUGACUUUGACCUAAACAUGCCUGCUUCGCCAGAAUUGCAGUUAGGUUUGAGCAUUGACUGUGGAUUGAAAAGUCAACUUUUGAUUGAACAAGAAGUGGAAAGUCCUAUGCCUGCAAAGAAACCGCGUUUAUUGUUUUCUAUGGAUUGAAUUAAUUCUUAUAGGAAUUGAUUUGUAUUUGUGUUAGUGAAUUGGUUCAUGUGAUUUUAUUUUUACUUAUUAGGAGGAAAGAAAAAUAUUGAUUGUUUUACCCUUUUAUUUUUAAGGUACUUUUUAUGUACAUAGAGAGUAGGUCAUUCAUUGGUUUUACACUUUCUUUUGGGAAUAUAUUUCAUUUUAUUUAUUUAUUUA